AACCAAAGCUGUCUGCAAAAUCUCGCAAAAUCUCAAUACCGUUGUUUAUACAUUCUAUCAUUUCAUAUCACUAUAAGAACUUGAUACGAUACAGCCUCAUUUACAUCGGAUUAUACAAGGACAAUGGUAUUGAAAUCAUAUCAAUGAAAUGUUUAAAUAGUAUCAUUUAUUAUAAAAAUCCAGAAUUAAUAAAAGGUCAUGUGACAGGAUUUAACGAGAUUUCAACAUAGCAACCUCAUACACAAUCACAUUUCUUCAAAUUUUCAUAUUUUUCAACAUUUUAACAAUGAAUGGACAAUCAAGUGGCGAAGAGGAGGAAGUCGGACCUUCUGUUGAUUCUACAGAUCAUGAAGAACGUAUAGCAGCAAGAAGAUUGCGUAUCCAAAAGCGUGUAGAAGCGGCAAAAAGAGCUGCAAUGGGUGAAGAUUUAUCAGAAAAGAAAGAAGUGAAAGAAGAACUCAGCAAAAGUAGGAAACAAAUUGAAGGGAGUCGCCUGCGUCUUACAAAACUGAAACGUGAUGGAACAGAACUAGUUACAAAUAUCCGUGUGGCAGGUGAUGCUCGGGAGAACUCACGAAGAAUUGAGGAAGAGGAUGCGCGCAGACAACGUCGUGAAAAACUUGAAGCUGAAGCUAAAGCAGGAUCAGAAAGAUUUGAGGAGAUUACAAAGAAAUGGGAAUCGGCAUUGCAGAAAGAGAUCCCACAAGAUUUACAUGAAAUGUUGAAACAGCAAAAGGGCUCUUGUGAUGCAAUGAUUGAUGAGAAAAACAAACUUAUCAAUGAUUUCCAAAUGGAGUUAAAACAGAAGGAUGAUCAGUAUGUGAAAGAUCUCAAGAAACAGGCUGAAGACAUUGAUCUGAUGAUAGAACGUAUGGAGGAACAAUACAAGAACCUCAACAAGGCAUAUAGAGAGGAACUCAAUCAGAUUGAGAGAGCAUUUGUAUCGGAAAGGAAUGAGCUACUAGAUGUUCAGAAGAAAAGAUGGGAAACUAAUAUGGAAGGACGUCGUGACAAAGAGGUCGAUUUUAUGACACAGCGUGAUACUCGUGUCGAUGAUUAUGAACAACAAUUACAACAUUUGCGUAUUCAAGAUGCAGAAGAAUAUAACAUGGUGAAAAUCAAACUGGAAACUGAUGUACAGAUUCUUGAGCAACAGUUACAGCAGAUGAGGGCCACAUAUCAACUCAAUACAGAGAAACUAGAGUACAAUUUUCAAGUUCUAAAAAAGAGAGAUGAGGAAAACACCAUAACGAAAUCUCAACAAAAAAGGAAAAUAACAAGGAUGCAAGAUGUGUUGACAAACAUGAGAACCAAGCUUGCCAAACAAGAGAAAGCUUACAAAGAUGAGAACACUCAGCUCACAGAAGAUUACAAGAGAAUAACAGAGCAGUUCAAAGAACUACAGAAAAAAUCAAAACAUUUUAUGGGUACUGAUGCCAAGAAGUUCCAUGAUGUUUGGCUAAUGAAUGAAGAAGAGGUGAAAGAAUUCCUCAAUAAGGUACUGGAGACUGACAUGAUAAUACAUCAACAACAGCUGGGACUUCAGUGGGCCAAGCCUGACACGACAUUUACAGAGAAUGUUGGUCCACUACAAUCUAAAAAGGACAGGGGUCUGUCAGCUUCUCAGAUCAUCCAAGAGGUCAUGUCAGCCACAAUGAGUGAAAAAGAUGAUGGCAGUGAAAGUGGUGAUGGUGCCAUGAAAAGUGGAAUAGUCUCCAAAUUGUCUCCACAAGUUAUUAAGUCCAUCUUGGAACUACUUUGUGAUGAAUCAGGUUUUCUUGUGGAAUCUAAAUUAAACAAGUUGUUGGCUCCACUUGACAGAGACGAGCAGUCCCUGAUGAAGCUAGAUGCCAUCUUUAGUGCUCUCGGUGUAGAGACAGAGGAUGACAUCCACUUACUUGCCAAGUACUUCAUGCUACUUGAGGAACAGAAACAACAGGGGAAAACGUCUACUGAACCACAGGAAACUGAAGAUGGGCCUCUUGCUGCUAGUCAAAGUGUAUCUGGAAAAGAAGCUGGGUUGCCAAGGGGAACACCACAGUCAUCUAUGAGAGAUGGAGAAUCUCAGGCUGGGGAAUUUGAAGACAUAGAUGAUGAGUUACGUCGUGUCUUGGACAAAGAAGAAGCAGGUUCAACUCCACGUUCUCUGCGCAGUGGAGGAGGAACAGAUCUUAUUCAUCCCAAUGAGGUCACAAAAGCACUGAGACAGUUUGUUGAAGACAAUAGAAAACAACCAAAAUCCAACAAGAUUGCUGCCCAGUUUAAGAUCACUGGUGCGGAGGACAGGGAUGAUAAGAAUGAUACGCAAUACUGGGAACAAUACCCACAAGUUGUAACCAAAGGCAAGGAAAGACUCUGGGAUGCACUCGUUGAAGGUCUAGAAAAAUACAGUGAUACUUUAACAGCCAGGAGUAAUCUUAUAAAAGAGACAGAUGGACUAAGACAACAGAAUGCAGAGUUAAGAAUGCUACUGCAUCAAUACGUUCACUCCAAAGUGAACCAAGAACUGGAAAUUCCACCCACUAGGGUCCUACAACUAGAGAUGAAUCCUCAUUAACAUAAUAACGAGGAUAUAACAAGGAUAUUGUGUCCUCAUUAAUAUUAAUUUAAAUAUAUGUAUAUUGUACAAUAGUGAAGAACAGUGAAGCAGAGAUAUUACCAGUUCUUGGAUUACAUAAUAAAGAUGUGAUAUUAAUUCAAAUCUUCAUAGUUGUCAUCUAGAGGUAUAAGAGCUGAAUUGAAGAAGAAAUUGUUUUAAUUUGAUUAAAAUAUUUUGUUUUAGUUCAGCCUUAAUCUCUUUAUGCUUUAAAAAUGUCAACUUAAUGUGAAAUAAGUCCAUUGUGCAGUGAACCCAAGAAUUUGGAAUAAUAUGUAAAAUAAUAUUUGUAAAUAUUAGUAACACAAAAAUAUUAGUAAUGUGUAAUACAUUAAAAUAUAUAUUUCUUAAAAUGAUAAA